UUUCAGCCAUCCCAAUCCACUACUCCUCCAUUUAUAAUUAUAUACCCCUCCCACCAUUUUUUUUACUCAUCUACUAUCAUUCACAUCACAGUAGGGAUGAGCAAUUUCACUUCUCUGUUUUUCUUUAUCUCUCAACAAAUCCUACAUGUAUAUAUAUAGUAUAUACUGCUCAUAAUAAAACAGUAAAAAUUUUGUUGCUCUUCUUUACAGUAACGCUUUUUUUGAAUACCCCAGAUCGUAAUUCGUCUUGAAUAUAUAAUUGAAUUUUAAUAUUUGGGUGAAUGGGGAUUGAGAAAAAUGUAAGUGAUAGGAAAGAUAAAAGGGAGUACAGUAACUCGAAGAAGAGGCGUCGGAGUCGGAGGCGAAGGGAAGUGUCAAAGGUUCAGAAACUGUAUGAAACUUGCAAACAAGUUUUUGCUAAUUGCGGACCCGGCGUUGUGCCCUCCCCGCAAAAUGUUGAACGUCUCAAAGCAGUUUUGGAUAACAUGACUGAAGCAGAUGUUGGCUUGACAACGAAUAUGCCAUAUUUCAAGUCUACAGUAUCUGAAAGACCUCCUAAAAUAAUGUACCUGCAUCUCCAUGAAUGUGACAAAUUCUCGAUUGGUAUCUUUUGCUUGCCGCCAUCAGCAGUCAUUCCUCUUCAUAACCAUCCUGGAAUGACAGUUUUCAGCAAGCUUCUCUUUGGUAAAAUGCACAUCAAAUCUUAUGAUUGGGCGGAUAAUCUCCUUCCUGAUCAAUCAACUCCAAAUGCCAAUAUAUCUGACAAUGAUGUAGGUGAUUGGACUGGACUACGUCUUGCAAAGUUGAAGGUGAAUUCCGAGUUUAGAGCUCCUUGUAAGACAUCAAUCCUCUAUCCAGCUGAUGGAGGUAAUAUGCACUGCUUCACAGCACGAACGGCUUGCGCCGUACUUGAUGUGCUUGGCCCACCUUAUUGUGAUCCUAAAGGUCGCCAUUGUCAAUACUACUAUGACUUCCCAUUUCCCAAUUUCUCAGUACAGUGGAUGGCUUGUCAGUGCCUGAGGAACAACAAAAUGAAUAUGCGUGGCUCAAAGAGAGGGAGAAACCUGAGGACUUAACUGUAGAUGGAGCAUUGUACAGUGGACCAGAUUUAAUACUAGUAAAGUGAAGGAAUUCCUUGAAGUUCACAAUUGAAACAGAAAAAAAACUUUUCUCUACCCCCACCCUCUCUUUCCUUUUUUCUUUUGGGUACUCCUUGUUUUUUUAAGCUCUAUUCAGUGUUGAAUAGUCAAAAGGGACAAAACUAGGAGCGAGGGUUUUUUUCUCUUUCUUCCUGCUACAGUUCAUGUACAUAAUCAGAUCAUAACAAGAAAGGAUGGAUGCGCUGAGAAGUAAUGUUAUGCAUACGUCUGCAUAAGGAUCGGAUAACAUUAGGUCUAAUGUAGCCUUAUGUUGGGUUGUAUUUGUAGCACUAUGUAGCUUUACAUUGCAUUUUUAUAUGCGCCAAUUUUACGACUUAAAUUCACGACUUUUUGGUCGGCGU